UGGCACCCGUUAUUGGUGGUAUGGCAGUGGAGUACCAAACCACCAUGGAGGCUCAAGGGGCGGAAGACACAUCAGUGACUCCCAACAUAGUGACUCAGUUCCCACCACUUGCCAGGGUUGCGUGCCUGCGCAAAAAGCGACCCACCCAGAACCAAGGGCAGCAAAAACUGCAUGUCCACCACCUCCUGACACCAGUGCUGAUCAGAACACAAACCAUUUGUAUGGGGGUAUGUCCACCCAAGGAAAGACUGGGCGCGAGUGUGCGGGGUGGGUGUGGACUCCAUGGAGUAAUGGCGGGGAGCGGCGUCCUCAUGGGUUCAGCGUUGUAUGGGGGUAUGUCCACCCAAGGAAAGACUGGGCGCGAGUGUGCGGGGUGGGUGUGGACUCCAUGGAGUAAUGGCGGGGAGCGGCGUCCUCAUGGGUUCAGCGACUGCAAGCAUGAGGGAAGCACCGAGUGACACAGAGUCGACUGAUUUGCGCACGCGUGGAAUAUAUUUGUGACAUGCGGCGGAAAUGAAGUCCGAAACAUGGGUGUCUUUUGUGUUGAUGAUUUUAUUGGUGGGCCAGGCUCUGUGUGCUCCGCACGCACAGUUCCGUCGGCCACGGAUAGCACGCAUAUGGCAGCCUGCGAUGUCACCAUUCGCAUCCUGGCAACGAACGACUGAAUCAUCGGCGGAAUUCAAUCGAAUCAAGGUGGGCUUGCCUCUCGCGAAAUCAUCGUUCUUGGACUUGAAGGAAGAUCGCGGAUAUUUGGGCAGAAAUGAAGCACGUCAGGACGCAUCAAACAAUGGUCCAACGACGGAGGCAAGCUCUAGUAGUACGAGCAGCAGCAGUGCUAGUCCUUCAGAUUCGCUGGCUUCGAUGAUGAUGAGUAGUGAUUCAUCUUCCUCAACGGUGUCUAGUUGCUUCUUCGUCAUCGUCUGAUGCGAGUACCAGCAGCACUCCCAGCAGUGUUCCUUCUGGAUCUUCCGCGAGUACCACUCCCAACAGUGCUUCUUCGGGAUCUUCUGCGGUUACCACUUCCCAAGAUUCAUCCUCCGCGAGUACCGCUUCCAGCAGUAGUGAUACUUCCUCGCCGUCUACUGUUUCUGCAUCAUCGUCUUCAACUGGUCCCCAGCUAUCUUCAUCCACCACAUCUGUGAGUGGAAAUGCAGGACAGGUUUCCUCAGCAAGUGAGACUACUACGUCAUCGAGCACAACUUCGACAACAACAGAAGGAUCCCGUCGGAACGUGAAUCCUCCAACAACGACAACAACAACUGAGGCUCCUACAUUUUUUGAGCGGUUGCAGAGUGUUUUCGGAGCAUCGCCGAUGGUCGCAGGAACAAUGGCCAUCAAUUCCGCGGUAUUUGCCGCGUUUUUCGCCGAACUCAUCCCAACGGCUACGUUCGUUGCUACGCCGAUAGCGACAUCAUUAAAUGGUGCUCUGAACGAUUUCGAAAACGGGAACAACGACCAGAAUGACAAUAACGAGGAUCAAUAAGAUGUCUAAUAUGGUCGAUUUCAUGUGUCAAUCAGGCUGUUUCACUGUUUGAUGGUUACCUAGAGGUGCGGUGAUUGUUCACUCAAUUUUUGUUGUUGUUGAAUUUUGAAGGAUGGGGGGAGCGUGAGUUUGUGAUGCUGCUUAUUUGAGAGACAGUCCACCGGCAUUUGAGAUCUUUCAUUUAAUCCUUUUCCUCGCCAACUACAAGGAGAACUCUGGACAACUUCGAGGAAAAAUGCGAAGAUAACUUUCCAGUGAAUUUAAACGGUUGUGAACGGUUGAUUGGAGUUGUCACGGUAGAUCCUAAUCCAGAUAAAAGAAUUUUAUGGUACUUCACGGUCGCCUGAACUGCGUCACAAAUUUUUUAGAAAGAGAAAAAAAUCUCUAGGCGUUCUUUGUCAAUUAUUCCGUGAUACGUAGCAAAAUUUCUUCGGUUUAAAUCGGCUUAGACCGAAGCCUUUUUUGAUUGUCUAUGUGGAAAUCCGGCCUUGAAAGCGCUGUUGCUCAAAUUUGAAGAAGCAAUAGAUUCAACGAAGUGCUCAAAGUUUUGUUUUCAAGGGUUAUUUAUUUAUUGGUGUCAUUGUUGUACCAAAGAAAUUUGAUUAAAGGUUGACGGAAAACGUUCAUCAAAA